AUGAAGAGAAAAGGAAUAGAAGGAACUACACUGGUCAGAACAAAAAGAGACGCGCAGGCGCAGAACACGGAGGACUCCGCCGCUGUGUUACCGUUUAUUACAGCUCACAGUUUCUCUAAUACAGCCGGUGUCUUCCCGAAGGCCCUGCAAACCCCUCGCACCCGCACCAACCGAGACUUGCCGCCAUCUCGGCCCCGGCCCCGCGGCCCCGUGCGGCCGCCACGGCACGUCGCAGCCUUGAGCGAGGCAGCUCGCGGGCCGCCGUCUUCCCAGGCCCUCCGUCCCACAGAGCCUCCCUUCGGAGGCUGCCUUGCUUCCUCCUCACCGCCCGCUCGGUCUCACGGCCUCGCCAGCACCCGAGGCCCGUCUCGAUCGCGCACCUGCAGCUCAAUUCGCGCCACUUCCGGUCUCACCGGAGAAUUCCCACAUCCAGCCGGAAAUGGGCUGGAGCGGACCUCUACGCAGGCGCGUAGCCAAAGGCGGCGACGCGGGACGCGCAGGAGCGAGGCCCUGGGGGGCGGGGUCAGCAGCGCCGACACUGUUUACGUUGUUGCCAUGGGAGCGGAGCAGCGGCUUUGGGUGCUUGAUGGUUUUUCAGGCCUUGCACCACAGAAGCUGGAGAAUCUUCUGGUGUCCUUGAGCCACACCGAUGGCCAGGUAAACGCGGGCCGCCCCGCAGCGUCCGGCCUUGACACCCCUCGUUUAAACCCCAACGAGUCCACAGGGAGAGUUGGGGCUCUCCAGAAGGCUCCCCGGCUUCGGAUAGGGGCUGCAGCGUGCGCCGUGCGCGCUCCGGGGGGGCCUCGACGUGGCGGGCCGCGGCUCACAGGGGGUCACAGGGCGCGCACUGCACCUCGGCCUCCUGCGGCCCAGCAACCCCGGACUCUCACCUCGGCCUCGUUCUCCCAUUUCCCCAUCCGCCCGUCCGCAGGACCCCGGGCCCCCUCAAUCCCUCCCCAGGACCGCGUCCCCUCGCCCCCCAGCCCCAGGACCCCGGCCCCCCUCGAUCCCUCCCCAGGAUGGUGCCCAAGGCGUCUCCAGCCCCGCAGAGAUCACGUGCAGGACUUCUUGGGGACACAGCCCCUAGACCCGGUCUCCCCAGCUGUGGGCUGCGGCCAAGCGAGGGCACCGACUCUUCGGGGGCGGCCCGGGUCGCACUCGGCGGUCGCCGGGCCUGGGGGCCAUUUGGCCCGGUGUCCAAGUCCCGGCCCCGACCCGACCCCGGACUGUUUUAAGAUUUUGAUGUUCAACUUGAUCGUUUAUUCGAAAUUACCUCCAAAGAUGGUUUUAAAAAACACCCUGGUGUCCAAAUUCCCACUAAAAUUGGGAUCAUCUAAGAUGAAACCUAGACAGACAUCUAGUCCGACUAAGAGCUCUCAAGAAGCAGAAGUGUCAGAGCAUUCCACAGGUAUAACCCAUCUUCCUCCUGAGGUAAUGCUGUCAAUUUUCAGUUACCUCAACCCUCAAGAAUUAUGUCGAUGUAGUCAAGUCAGCACUAAAUGGUCUCAGCUGGCAAAAACUGGAUCACUGUGGAAACAUCUUUAUCCUGUUCAUUGGGCCAGAGGUGACUGGUAUUGUGGUCCUGCCACUGAGCUUGAUACUGAGCCUGAUGAGGAGUGGGUGAAGAAUAGGAAAGAUGAAAGUCGUGCAUUUCAGGAGUGGGAUGAAGAUGCCGACAUAGAUGAAUCUGAAGAGUCUGCAGAAGAGGAGUCCAUUGCUAUUAGCAUUGCACAGAUGGAAAAACGUUUACUCCAUGGCUUAAUUCAUAAUAUUCUACCGCAUGUUGGUACUUCUGUAAAAACAUUAGUGUUAGCAUACAGCUCCGCAGUUUCCAGCAAAAUGGUUAGACAGAUUUUAGAGCUUUGUCCUAACCUGGAGCAUCUGGAUCUUACCCAAACUGACAUCUCAGAUUCUGCAUUUGACAGUUGGUCUUGGCUUGGUUGCUGCCAGAGUCUUCGGCAUCUUGAUCUGUCUGGAUGUGAGAAAAUCACAGAUGUGGCUCUGGAGAAAAUUUCCAGAGCACUUGGCAUCCUGACCUCUCAGAGUGACUUUCUGAAAACCUCUGCAAAUACAAUUGCUUCAACUACAUGGAAAAAUAAAGACAUUACCAUGCAGUCUACCAAGCAAUAUGCCCGUUUGUGUGAUUUAACUAACAAGGACAUUGGAGAAGAAAUAGAUAAUGAACAUGCCUGGACUAAACCUGUUUCUUCUGAAAGUUUCACUUCUCCUUACGUGUGGAUGUUAGAUGCUGAAGAUUUGGCUGACAUUGAAGAUACUGUAGAAUGGAGACACCGCAGUGUUGAAAGUCUCCGUGUAAUGGAAACAACAUCCAGCUUUGCUUGUUCCUCAGCUGGUUGUUACAGGAAGGAUAUUGUUGGUCUAAGGACGAGUGUCUGUUGGCAACAGCAUUGUGCUGCUCCGGCUCUUGCUUACUGCGGUCAUUCAUUCUGUUGCACAGGAACAGCUCUAAGAACUAUGGCAGCACUCCCAGGGUCUUCCGCAGUGUGUGGAAAAGCAUUAAGGACUACGUUGCCUAGGGAAAAUGACUUACUUUAUUUUGGGAGUGACAAAUGUGAUCAAGUGACUGGACGAGUACUUUUGUUUCUCAGUCUGUCUGGAUGUUAUCAGAUCACAGACCAUGGUCUCAGGGUUUUGACUCUGGGAGGAGGGCUGCCAUAUUUGGAGCACCUUAAUCUCUCUGGUUGUCUUACUGUAACUGGUGCAGGCCUGCAGGAUUUGGUUUCAGCAUGCCCUUCCCUAAAUGAUGAAUACUUUUACUACUGUGACAACAUUAACGGUCCUCAUGCUGAUACCGCCAGUGGAUGCCAGAAUUUGCAGUGUGGUUUUCGGGCCUGCUGCCGCUCUGGCGAAUGACCCUUGACUUCUGACCUUUGUCUACUUCAUUUAGCAGAGCAGGCUUCCUUUCAUGCACUUUACUUACAGGACAUUUCUUAUCAUCCCCGUUGGAGUGUGUCUUGUUUUGGCCCCAUUUCUUACAACCUCAGAAAUCUUAAUUUACCAGUAAAUUGUACAGUGUUGUUUUUCUCACAGAUACAUUUUUGUUUUAGAAAGGGAAUUAGGUCUUUUCAUCAGGGUGUGAACAGUCUUGCUAGAUUACUUUUAAUGAUAUGCUUUGAAACUAAUGUCACUAUUGCCAUGCCUUUCAGAUUAUUCUGAGUUUUAGUCAGUGGGGCUACUGGUUCUCUGUGUAGACACUACUAAGCUUUGCAGGUGUUUGCAGGCAUAGAUUUAUAAAGUUUGAUUUUCAGGGUUACACAUUUUGGAAACUAAUCUCUUCUCUCUAACAUUUUGUUUAUUUGAACAAAUUCUCAGAGGGCCAAUUCAAACAUACCUACAGUCCUUUAAGAAUAAAUUGGCUUCUUUAGUGUUAGCUCAGUGAGCUAGCAGAGCACUAGUCCAUUUGUAUUUGCUUUCUUCCAAGACCCUUGGUUUCCACUACAUUGGUUUCCCUAAAUUGUCAAAUUUGGGAGGGAUUUUUAAGAAUUCCACAAUCAUUUGGAGAAAUGUAUAAAUAAAAUCUACUUUGAGGACUUUAACA